GAUCUGGUGGUCGCCGUGUGAAAGCGGUUCCAGUCAAAACAAACCUCCGAAGAACUUAACCUUACAAAAUUAAACAAGAUGAGUUCGUUUGGAAGUGAAAUUGAACGGCUUCGUCAGCAUUUUAAAUCCCACAGUAAAGUAAAGGAGUACCAGGCACAUUCCGCGAAAGUUCAUUCGGUCGGAUGGAGCUGCGAUGGGCGAAGACUCGCCUCAGGUUCCUUUGACAAAACAGUGUCCAUCUUUACUUUCGACAGGGAGCGACUGGGUAAGGAUUUCACAUUCCGUGGCCAUAGUGGGAGUGUUGAUCAACUUUGUUGGCAUGCUUCAAAUCCCGACCUUCUUGCUACUGCCAGUGGAGAUAAAAGUGCCAGAAUUUGGGAUGCCAGAACCCAGAAGUGUGCUGCAACCAUCAACACCAAAGGAGAGAAUAUCAAUAUAACUUGGGCACCUGAUGGUCAAACAAUAGCUGUUGGUAACAAGGAAGACUUGGUAACAUUUAUUGAUGCUCGUACUCACAAAGUAAAAUCCGAACAGCAAUUCGACUUUGAAGUCAACGAAAUAUCCUGGAAUAAAACAAGUGACCUGUUUUUCUUAACUAAUGGUCAAGGAUGUAUUUAUAUAUUAGGCUACCCCGAAUUAGAAUUACAGCAUGUAUUGAAAGCUCAUCCUGGAACUUGUAUAUGCAUUGAAUUUGACCCCACAGGAAGAUAUUUUGCCACAGGCUCUGCUGACACAUUAGUGUCUUUGUGGGAUGUUGAAGAACUUGCUUGUUUAAGAACGUUCUCUAGGUUGGAUUGGCCUGUGAGAACAAUAACAUUUAGCCAUGAUGGAAAACUGCUUGCUUCAGCAUCGGAGGACUUAUUGAUUGAUAUUGGUGAGGUUGAAACAGGUCUUAAGGUUUGUGACAUACCAGUAGAGGCCGCUACAUUCACUGUUGCUUGGCAUCCGAGUCAAUACCUUUUAGCUUUUGCUUGUGACGACAAGGAUACCUAUGAUAGGAAACAUGAUGCAGGAAUACUGAAAGUAUAUGGAUUUUCCUCUGAUUGAUACUUAGGAACAGUUUUGAGGAUCUACAACAAUAAAUCUUGCAUUCUUUUUUUAAGAAUAAAAUUUACUUUGAAUUUAGUUCAUACAAAAUAUUAAAAAAAUUAACUCCA